AUGGAAGACGAGGACCUUCACCAAGUAGACUCAGUUCUCGAUUUGGCCUCGACGAGUUUGACCGUGUCGUCGAUCUUCGGCAGCGACGAUGUUCCGAGUAGCUCUGGCGACAUCUCUGCCGCGAGCAGCAGUUCCGGCGAGAUUCCUUCGGCCUUGUUGGUGGUGCCACUGAGAUUGGUGGUGGGACUGCCGGUGCCGGAGGCGGCAUUUGUGGCGAUUUUGGGGAGAGUGAAGUCCGUGAGGAGGAACAACAAGGGAGUGACGUGGGGGUUCACGUCGGUGAUAGGGAGGAGGAGAGAGAUGGAAGACGCCGUCGCCGUCGUACCUGGGUUCAUGACUCGCACGUGCGAUCACGUGGAAGGGUGCACCGUCUCCGGUUCUCGAAGCUCUGGCGAGAUCUUGCCUCUUCAUUUCUUCGCCGUUUAUGAUUGCCACGGUGGCUCUCAUUCGCAUCAAAUUCUAAUUCUACUUUUUAUUACAUGCCGCCGAGCCAUCACCAUCCAAGCCGACGUCUCCGAUCCAGCCCAAGUGAAGUCUCUAUUCGAAGCCGCCGAAUCCACCUUCAAUUCCCAACCCCACAUCUUCAUCAACUCCGCCGGCGUAGUCGACCCCAAGUACCCAACCCUCUUCAACACUUCCAUCCAAGAUUUCGACAAAACUUUCAGGGUGAACACGAGGGGGGCCUUCCUCUGCUGCAAGGAGGCAGCGAAUCGGCUGAAGCGGGGCGGUGGUGGGAGGAUUAUAUGCUUGUCUUCGUCGCAGGUAGGGUCGCUGAGGCAGGGUUUCGGGGCUUAUGCAGCGUCCAAGGCGGCAAUGGAAGCGAUGGUGAAGGUAAUGGCAAAGGAGCUGAAAGGGACGGGAAUCACCGCUAACUGCGUGGCUCCAGGGCUGAUUGCUACCGACAUGUUUUUCGAUGGGAAGACGGAGGAGAUGGUGAGGAAGGUGGUGGAGGAGUGCCCUUUGGGUCGACUUGGUGAGACCUGCGAUGUGGCUCCUGUUGUUGGGUUCUUGGUUAGCGACGCUGGUGAGUGGGUUAAUGGCCAGGUCGUUCGUGUCAAUGGUGGCUACGUCUGAUUCUCAUUCUCAUUCUCAUUCUAAUUAGUAGCUUAUUUGCUAAGUUAUAUUACCCAAGAAAGAGUGAGUCAUUGAGUGAGUUGAUCUGUAUUAAAAUUCUAGUUCCGCCACUGUACUCGAGAAUACGAAUUUGUGUGUCUAGAGGUGGAUGUGGAGCAUUGAAUUCUAGACAAAGCAUCAGCAGAUAUUAUUAUUAUCUCCAUAUUAUGCUUUUGUGAUUCUCUUUAAAGCAUUUGGCUGCAUUACUUGUAAUUGGAGCAGGAUUGGAUCUUGAUUUUACCAUA